AUGAAUAAACAGAAAAAAGAGGGCAUUACCAAAAAACUAUCUGAACACGCAUCGAAUGUGUUGGAGAAAGCCAACGAAUAUGGAGAGAAAGCGAAAGAGGCAGUACUUGAAGCUGUCACUGAUCCUAUCUCGAUUUCUGUUCUCACUGGUGCAGCUCUUGGGGCCGCUCGUAACGCUGCUGAUUUUGCUAUUCAACUCGGUGGUAGAUCUUCAAACGUAGUCAAUAUAUACUACAAAAAUGUCAAAAGCUCUCUUGGAAAUUCCAAAUGGUACGCUCGGGUAGAUAUGCCGCAUGGUAAUGUGCAAUAUCCUCACAUCAAUGUGAACAAGGCAAUCACUGGUGUCAAGGAUCCACAUAUUCCCAUAUCUGCAACUGCUGCAAAGGCGGCUGGUCUUGCAGGGCAAGGUCUCGAAAUGGUUAACAGAAUGUCUUUUCAUCUGGAAGUACUCGCGUAUGCUUGCAAUUUAUAUCUGUUGGGAAAUAAUGUAAUUGUUGAUUUGAAUAAUGGAACAACAAGAAACACAUUGAAAGAGGUUGCCAGAAUUGUUAUAAGUCUUGUCGGAGGGAAAGGAGGAUUAGCUUUAGGCGCCGCAGGAGGUACAUUGGCUUGUCCUGGUAUCGGAACUAUCAUUGGUGGUCUUGCUGGUAGCAUUGCUGGUGGCGCUGGAGGUGUUUACAUCUUGGACCCUCUCCUUGGAAUUAUACUCGAUGAUAUAAAACUCGAUAUUCUGGAGGUAGAAUGCACUGAAUGUCAGAAAGUAUUCGAGUGCCGUAAAUACGAGAUUGGUGAUGUGAAGAAGUGCGAAACAUGUCGCACUCCAGAUGACAUUCCGCGUAUUCCUGAACUCAAGGAGUUGGUGAUGCCGGGGUGGCUGAAAAUCAGAUCAAAACUUUGA